AGCUCUCACUUUCUCUCAUUUUUGGUUAGUACGUAACACCAUUAUUUGGUGGAGAUCAAAGCCGGGAAUCCUCAUAGCGCCAGUACUGCGGGGGCAAUAGAUCUUGAGGAGUGUAGAUACUCAUUUUGAAGAUCAAAAAUGGAUGAUGACCAACCAAGCUGCUUGCAUAUCGCUAUGUAUCCAUGGUUUGCAUAUGGCCACCUGAGUCCAUUUCUCAGCCUCUCCAACAAACUUGCAGAAAGAGGUCACAGAAUUAGUUUCCUGUUACCAGAUAAAACACAAUCAAAGUUGGACCUUCUAAACUUCCACCCAAAUCUAAUCGAAUUCAUCCCACUUAUUUUACCCGCUAUCGAAGGUCUCCCACCUGGUUCUGAAACUACUGCGGAAAUCCCUGUCGAGUUACAUCAUCUCCUAAUGGCUGCCAUGGAUGCCACCAAACCUCAAGUUAAAACUGCUCUUUCUAGACUUAAACCUGAUUACAUAUUCUAUGAUUUCACUCAUUGGCUUCCUCGGAUGGCAAGCAAGUUUGGCGUCAAAUCCGUUCAUUAUUGUACCACAAGUAUGGCAGCCAUCUCAUAUCUCUUAGUUCCAGCAACCAAUAAGAUUGAAAAAGGAAUAGAUGCUCAAAUCACAGAAGAUGAAUGGAUGCAACAACCCCCUGGUUUCCCGCCAUCAUCUAUCAGACUCCACCGGCAUGAAGCAAAAGCUAUGAACUUCAUCACGUACCGCGACUACGGCAAUAUUUCAUUUCACGAGCGUCUCAGUUUAAGUUUUAAGAAUGCUGAUGCACUUAGUUUUAGAUCGUCUAGAGAACUGGAAGGUCGUUUCGUCGACUUCAUUGGAGACCGAUACGGGAAGCAAGUUUUACUGUCGGGGCCGCUUUUGCCGAAGCCACCAAGUUUUAAAUUGGAAAAAAAAUGGGACAAAUGGUUGAACCAAUUCGAGCCUCGUUCUGUUAUUUUUUGUUCUUUUGGGAGUGAAUGCCAUAUGGAAAAAGAUCAAUUUCAGGAACUACUUCUGGGUUUCGAGUUAACAGAUAUGCCAUUCUUUCUUGCGUUGAAAACACCCUUAGGAGCUUUGACAAUGGACGAAGCACUACCUCGAGGUUAUAAAGAAAGAAUAGAAGAUAGAGGAAUGCUUGAAAAUGGAUGGGUUCAACAACAACUGAUUAUAGCUCAUCCUUCCGUUGGAUGUUUUGUUAGUCAUUGUGGUUUAUCUUCAGUAACUGAAACUUUAGUGAACAACCCACAAUUGGUUCUACUUCCAAAUGCAGGUGACCAAUAUAUCAUUGCUAGGCUACUAGCUGAAGAUUUGAAAGUCGGGGUUGAAGUUGAAAAGAGAGAAGAUAAUGGAUGGUUUACAAAGGAAAGCAUUUGUAAAGCAAUUUUUACGGUAAUGGAUGACGAUAAUGAGAUUGGGAAGGUAGUUAGAGAAAACAGAUUAAAAAUGAAGGAACUUUUGGUGAGAGACGGCUUUGGGGAUGACUACGUUACUGAUUUCAUAGAGCAGCUUAGAGAUGUCGAUGAAGAUCCGUUCCGCGAUUAGUCUUACUUUACAACAUUUUUUAUUAAUUUUUUAGAAUUAGUCGUACUAGUAUUUUUAUUUUUUUAAUCGAUAAAAAAUUUGAUGUUAACGAGCUGGUAACUGGUAUCAUCACCUAAUGAUUUCGC